GGUGUGUGUCACCUGCCCCGAAGACUUGUUGAUUCCCAGGAGCGCCGGCUCCUCGGUGUGGGACCCCGCGUGGACAGUCCUGCUCACCUGGCCCCUGGCACAGGCGCCCAGCCCCGGGCCGCUGGCUCCCAACUCCACAGCCAUGAGCAAGUUGGGCAAGUUCUUCAAUGGGGGCCGCUCCUCCAAGGGCCGAGCUGCUCCCAGCCCUCAGGAGGCCCUGGCCCGACUUCGGGAGACCGAGGAGAUGCUGGGCAAGAAACAGGAGUACCUGGAGACCCGGAUCCAGAGGGAGCUCGCCCUGGCCAAGAAGCACGGCACGCAGAACAAGCGAGCUGCAUUGCAGGCACUAAAAAGGAAGAAGAAGUUUGAGAAGCAGCUUACUCAGAUCGAUGGCACCCUUUCCACCAUUGAGUUUCAGAGAGAAGCCCUGGAGAAUUCGCACACCAACACUGAGGUGUUAAGAAACAUGGGCCUUGCAGCGAAAGCAAUGAAAGCAGUUCAUGAAAACAUGGAUCUGAACAAAAUUGAUGAUUUGAUGCAAGAGAUCACAGAGCAACAGGAUAUUGCCCAAGAAAUCUCAGAAGCAUUUUCUCAACGGGUUGGAUUUGGCGACGGCUUUGAUGAGGAUGAGUUGAUGGCAGAACUUGAAGAACUGGAGCAGGAGGAAUUAAAUAAGAAGAUGACAAAUAUCCGGCUUCCGAAAGUGCCUUCCUCUUCUCUCGUGGCACAGCCAGAUAGAAAGCCGAGUGCACAUAGGUCUCGCACAGCAUCUUCCAGAAGAACCGAAGAGGAAGAUGAUUUCAACGAACUGGCAGCUUGGGCUUCUUGUUAAACUAAAAUUGAAUUUGUGGACACGUAUAUAAAUGCACUAUAUACAUAAGACAUAAAAAUAUUUUGGCCAAGUUCAGAAGUUAACAAAGACCCUGUUUCAUAUUUACACUUGAUGAAUAAUUGUCUUUUAAGCUUCAUAGUUAAAAAUUAAGAAAGGAGUCAUGAAGACAUAAAAUCAAUGACAGAAAAGGGCUUCCCAGCGUGCCUUAGAGGAUCUGUCCGUAUGAAUGGGGUAGGGCAUUGUAUGUUUACUUGGUCACUACUGUAUUUCCAGUCUUGGCAUGUAGUUGACACCUUCUGUGUAUUUGUUGGAAGAAAACUGAAUUCUGCUGACAUAGCAGACAUACAACAGUUUGAAUUUGUUGAUUAAGGGUACAUUUAGGAAAGCUGAGGAAAAUUUCCUUACUAUGUAACUGCAAGGUUCCUGGGUGUAUUUAUCAUUAGUGAUAAACAGAAAUACAUUGUAUCUCUUUUAGGGGAGAUUUCUUUCUCCAGAGUCCUGUAUAAGUCUCUAUACAUGUAGUUGCACUUAAGUUUUGCAAUUUAAAACUUUAAAGAAGCUUUAAUUGACAUUUAUUAUGCCAAUUAGGCUUGGAAUGGGGCAAUGGAUGCAUUUUCCAAAAUGUCUGAAAGCACUAACAGCUUACACUGCUGAGCAGGAAUCUCCUGGGUAUAAUUUAGCCACUUAGGGAUCUGCGUUAACACUUCCAGGCCAUUAUGAUGCUGUUAUGGCUUCAAUGUACUAAAUGUGGGAGUGCUUAUUCUUUUCUGUUUUGUGCUGUUUUGCAGGUUUUUUUACACUUUACAGUAUAUACUUUGUAAAUAUAUAAAACGUUGCCAUUUAGAAGCAUAUCUUGAAUAAUGUUUUGGCCGUAUUUAUUUUAAAAUAAAAAUAAAUUUUACAAUUAUGUAUUACCUAUAAUAUAUCAUAGAACCUAAAAUGGCAAAUAUUAUUACAGAAAAUGUUCUAGUAUUCUGUACCUUUGCUUAGUAAUAUAGUGGAAUGGAAAGAGUGCUAGAUCCAAAGGUAACAAGCCCUCAUUUUAGUCUCUGGGGUGCCAUGAGCAUGUGUAAUAAGCUUUCUGAGCUUCUGUGUCUUCACGGGGGAAUCUAAGAGCUGGACCCCACGAUCCCUAGUGAUUCCAUUCCGUCUUAGGUCUUUGGCAGUGUUCCUACCCUUCAGAACAUAGAGACCAAAUCUUCCUUAUUCCUCAAGUCCUAGUUAAAAUGACCUUUGUUUUGGGAAACAUCUUGCUUUUCCAGACUGAAUUAGUUCUUCCCGCUGUAUGCUUUCAUAGCUCUCUGCUCUCUCUUCUAUCACUUU